GCUGCGGGUCGCCGGCGGCUGUCCCCGCUCCUGGCGCUUGGCUGCGGCUCGCUGGUGGCUCCCGGGCGUGGAGCGGCGUCGCGGCGGCCGCUGGUCGGCGGCAGCGGAGCCCGGGAGGACGCGCUGUGGGCGUGGAGGCGGGCGGAGUGCCCCGGGCUGGCCCGCAAAGGCCCGGCGGGUUCAGCUGCUCUCGGCCCCUCCGUCCCCGUCCCCCGGGAGCGGUAGGGCCGAGGGGCGGCGGCGGGUUCCGCCACUGACGGUGUCCAUAGGCGAGGGGUCGGCACAGAGAGUGCUAAGCAUGGAGGGAGAUGAAGAGGAAGACUACAUGUCUGAUUUAUUUAUUAAGCAGGAUGUAAGGCCAGGCUUGCCCAUGGUGAGGCGGGUGAAGGAAGCUAUUCAGAAAGAAGAAAAGCAGAAAGAAGCCAAUGAGAAGAACAGACAAAAAAGCAUAAAAGAAGAAGAAAAAGAGAGACGAGACUUGGUGUUGAAAAGUGCAUUGGGAAACGAGAACAAAGGCUUUGCUUUGCUCCAGAAGAUGGGCUACAAGAGUGGCCAGGCCCUCGGCAAAAGUGGAGAAGGCAUUGUUGAACCUAUUCCCCUGAACAUAAAAACAGGCAGAAGUGGGCUUGGUCACGAGGAAUUAAAAAAGCGAAAAGCUGAAGAAAAACUGGAAAACUACAGACAAAAACUUCAUAUGAAAAAACAAGCAAAUGAACAAGCUGCAGAUCAAUUCAGAAUAAGAUUCAAAACCAAACAAGAAGAACGUAAGAUGGAAGGGGAUCUGCGAAAAAGCCAGAGGGCCUGCCAGCAAUUAGAUCUGCAAAAAGAUAUUGAUGUUCCCAAGGAGACUUGGUUUUGGAUAGAACCUGAAGAGGAAGAAAAAAAGGRUGAGGAAGACAAGGAAGAUGAAUGCACAAGCUCAGACUUAAGUGUAUCAGAAAAGCUACACAUCCUGACGGCCUAUUUGAGAGAGGAACACUUCUAUUGCAUUUGGUGUGGAACAACUUAUGAAGACUCCGAAGAUUUAUCUUCAAACUGUCCUGGAGACAGUGCUGCAGAUCAUGACUAAAGCCUGACUAAAAGAAGGAGCCCUAGAUAAGUAAAAAUUGCAAGUGAUUUGUUGCAGAAGUGCCCCAUCCUGGUCCACAGUUAGUGGAUAUGAAUGG